CCUUUCCUCGUAGUGAACCAAAUAGGGCCUUAGAGUUUCAUACUCAUGCUUCCAACUUUCCGACACUCCGUAUUUCCUUAACCACCCAUUGAAACCUCCAUCUAUCCGAUACGCGGCGGCGUCAACGGCAAAACCACCGGCUUCUUCAACACAACACUUCGUUCGUUGAGGACUUGAGACACAGAUUUAGUUUGAUGUUGAAGUGGAUGUAAGUAAUAAGUACGAUGGCAUCUUUGCUGUUUAGAGGGUUACAAGUUCGUCCUUUGUGUAUUUACCCGUCUUCGUUAUUGACUAAAAAAGUGGGUGUUUUUUACUGCACAUCUAAUAGCCUACAUUCCCAAAGUGUAACAACACAAAAUCAGCCGAAGACGCAAUCAAAAGUUGCAAGUCGAAAUCAAGGCACAACACUUGACAAAUUGUUGAAAGACUAUGAAGCAGUCAUUGGUCUAGAAACCCAUGUACAGCUUUCCACUAUUACGAAGGCCUUCUGUGGAUGUGCCUACAAUUAUGGUUCGGAACCUAACACUAAUAUUUGCCCCGUUUGCAUGGGUUUGCCUGGUGCCUUGCCCGUUAUGAACUCCAAGGUUAUUGAGUACGCUGUGAAACUUGGCCUUGCGCUUAAUUGCAAACUGUCCUUAAACUCAAAGUUUGAUAGGAAGCAGUAUUUUUACCCUGAUUUGCCUAAGGGCUACCAGAUUUCUCAGUUCGAUGUUCCUAUAGCUACUAGUGGGUAUGUUGACUUGGAUCUCCCACUUGAGUAUGGUGGUGGGCAUAGGAAAUUUGGGAUAACUCGAGUCCAUAUGGAAGAGGAUGCAGGAAAACUAAUCCAUGCCGACGGUGGAAAUCAUUCUCAGGUCGAUUUGAAUAGGGCUGGUGUACCUUUACUUGAGAUUGUCUCUGAACCUGAUAUGAGAAGUGGCAUAGAAGCUGCAGAAUAUGGUGCAGAAAUGCAGAGAUUAGUUAGGUACUUGGGUGUGAGCAAUGGUAAUAUGCAAGAAGGUUCACUACGUUGUGAUGUUAAUAUAUCAGUCCGUCCAAGAGGGCAAGUUGAGUUUGGUACAAAGGUUGAAAUAAAAAAUUUGAACUCAUUUUCAGCAAUAAGUAGGGCCAUUGAUUAUGAGAUCACAAGACAAGUACAACUGCAUAACCAAGGCCUAGCUUACCAAAUUGUACAAGAGACUCGUCUUUGGGAGGAGGGUGCUCAGAAAACAGUAACUAUGAGAAAGAAGGAAGGGCUUGCUGAUUAUCGGUAUUUCCCAGAGCCAGACCUUCCAGAAGUGACUUUGACAAAGGAAUAUAUUGAGGACAUUCGUGAUUCUUUGCCAGAAAUUCCAGAGUUGAAGAGACGGAGGUAUGAACAAAUGGGAUUAAGCAUGCAGGAUGUGAUUUUUCUUGCCAAUGAUGUAAAUGUUGCUGAAUUUUUUGACGCGACCCUAUCUAAAGGUGCUGACAUGAAGCUAGCUGCUAACUGGAUAAUGGGUGAUAUUGCAGCUUACAUGAAGAAUGAAAAAGUGUCCAUUAAUGAGAUAAAGCUUACUCCUGAUGAGUUGGCUGAAUUGAUUGAUUCUAUUAAAAAAGGGACUAUCAGUGGUAAAAUUGGUAAAGAGAUACUUUUUGAGCUAAUAGCUAAAGGAGGAACCGUCAAGGGCCUUAUCAAGGAAAAGAAUUUGGUCCAGAUAACAGAUCCUGCUGAGAUAGAGAAGAUGAUUGAUAGAGUGCUUGCAGAAAAUCCAAAGCAAGUUGAACAAUUCCGUGGGGGCAAGACAAAGUUGCAAGGCUUCUUUGCUGGCCAGAUCAUGAAAGAAUCGAAAGGCAAGGCAAAUCCAGGUGUGUUGAACAAAAUACUCCUCGAGAAACUAAAUGCCAAGAGCUGACCGUUGUAUACACAGAUCUAUUAGGAGAAUUCUGGAUUGUCCUUUUGUCAGCUCUGAUAUGUGUUCAACAUUUUCCUCGACUGCUCGCGAGUCGCGUCAAGCUAGAAGCGGUGGAGUACGAGCUGUGAUUUAGGAUGCAGAAUAAUAAUUGUUGCGAUUGUAACCGUUAUGUAUUUUUUUUUCUAAAUUUGUUGUUUGCAUAUCUAUUUUGUCAUUGUAGAUGCCGUAUGACUAAUUAUUAAUGAUAUUGUUCUUUCCCGUCAAAAAAACAAAUAAAUAUUUUCCUCGGUUUAAAUUCCUUUAUAAGAAUUUACAAGUG